AUGCCUCUCACCGGACACUGCCUCUGCAAGGCCGUCACCUACAAGGUUGACGUCGACGCCCCGCUCCUCACCGGCUAUGACCACUGCGACGAUUGCCAACGCCAGAGUGGCUCAACGUACUCCCUCGUCGCUGUUGUCCCCAAGGACAAGCUUACCAUCAACGGCCCCACCAAGAGCUGGGCUGGCAAGGGCUCCUCGGGCAAAGACGUCCACCGCAUCUUCUGCUCUGAGUGUGGCUCCCCGAUCGCCCACGACCCCGAUGCGGCUCCCGAGAUCAUCGCUCUCAAGGCGGGUACCCUCGAUACCGAGAUCAAGAAGAACCUGAAGCCCGACACCGAGAUUUGGACCGUGGGAAAGCUGCCGUUUUGCCAGGAGAAGCUGGCCAAGCCGUUCGAGCACAUGCCCCAGUAA